AUGUCUGACACAGAAGAGGCGGUGGAGGAGUACGAGGGGGAGCAGGAAGAGCAGGAAGAGGCAGCGGACGAGGUGACAGCAGGAGAAGAGGCUGAGGCUGAGGCUGAGGCUGAGGCGACCACCGCAGACGACAACAGACAAGAAGAAGAAGUUAAAGAGGCUGAAGAUGGCCCCGUGGAGGAGUCCAAACCCAAGCCCAGGCCGUUCAUGCCCAACCUGGUGCCGCCCAAGAUCCCUGACGGAGAGAGAGUGGACUUCGACGACAUCCACCGGAAGCGCAUGGAGAAGGACCUGAACGAGCUGCAGACGCUGAUCGAGGCUCAUUUUGAGAACCGCAAGAAAGAGGAAGAGGAGCUCAUCUCACUCAAGGACAGGAUCGAGAAGCGGCGGGCGGAGCGGGCCGAGCAGCAGCGCAUCCGCAGCGAGCGGGAGAAAGAGCGGCAGGCCCGGCUGGCAGAGGAACGAGCCCGGCGAGAGGAAGAGGAGAGCCGGAGGCGGGCAGAAGACGAGGCCCGGAAGAAGAAGGCCCUUUCCAACAUGAUGCACUUCGGGGGCUACAUCCAGAAGACGGAGAAGAGAAGUGGGAAGAGGCAGACGGAGCGGGAGAAAAAGAAGAAGAUUCUGGCCGAGAGGAGGAAGGUGCUGGCCAUCGACCACCUGAAUGAAGAUCAGCUGAGGGAGAAAGCCAAGGAACUGUGGCAAAGCAUCUAUAACCUGGAGGCCGAGAAGUUUGACCUGCAGGAGAAGUUCAAGCAGCAGAAAUACGAGAUCAACGUUCUUAGAAACAGAAUCAAUGACAACCAGAAAGUCUCCAAGACCCGCGGGAAGGCCAAGGUCACCGGGCGCUGGAAGUGAAGACCUGGGUCUGCUCCUCAUUGCGUCCUGGCCCUGCAUGCCCCCCACUCCUGGGGCCCUCCUGGCACAGGGGGGGGGGUAGCUCCUGUCUGGACACCAGGAGGGGCCCAGCUGGACGCCGCUGCACACGACUGUAUCCCACAUGCCCACACCAGUAAUAAAAGCCGCUGCACACCGAA